AUGGCUCGUGGUCCCAAGAAACAUCUGAAGCGUGUAGCAGCUCCAAAGCAUUGGAUGCUGGACAAACUUACUGGUGUAUUUGUUCCUCGUCCAUCUACUGGUCCUCACAAACUGAGAGAAUGUCUGCCAUUGAUCAUUUUCUUACGAAACAGGCUUAACAUUGACAAGACUGGAGAGAAUUUUCGUCUGAUCUAUGACACCAAGGGUCGAUUUGCUGUUCAUCGCAUUACACCUGAGGAAGCAAAGUACAAGUUAUGCAAAGUAAGAAAGAUCUUUGUGGGCACAAAAGGAAUCCCUCAUCUGGUGACCCAUGAUGCUCGAACCAUCCGCUAUCCUGAUCCUCUCAUCAAGGUGAAUGACACCAUUCAGAUUGAUUUGGAGACUGGAAAGAUUACUGAUUUCAUCAAGUUUGAUACUGGUAACCUGUGCAUGGUGACUGGAGGUGCUAACCUGGGAAGAAUUGGUGUGAUCACCAACAGAGAGAGACAUCCUGGGUCUUUUGAUGUGGUUCAUGUGAAAGAUGCCAAUGGCAAUAGCUUUGCCACUCGGCUUUCCAACAUUUUUGUUAUUGGCAAAGGCAAUAAACCAUGGAUUUCUCUUCCACGAGGAAAGGGUAUCCAUCUUACCAUUGCUGAAGAAAGAGACAAGAGAUUGGCUGCAAAACAGAGCAGUGGAUGA